AGCAGCACAGCCGUUCCCACGCUUAAUCCUAUCCAUCUCUUCCAGCCAACAUCGCAUACGCAGAGCCAUGGCGGCCAAGGACGACGACCACGGCGCCUUCAUGGAGAAAUUCCUCCUGCUGCCUCCUUCUCCGAGCUCCACGCUCCCCCUGCACGGCCUCACCUUCGCCAUCAAGGACAUCUUCGACAUCGCCGGCCAUGUGACCGGGUUCGGCACCCCGGACUGGGCGCGGACGCACGCGCCGGCCGCCGCCACGGCUCCCGCCGUCCUCGCCGCGCUCGCCGCGGGGGCCACGGGCGUGGGUAAGACGGUGAUGGACGAGAUGGCGUACAGCAUCAACGGCGAGAACGCGCACUACGGCACGCCCGUCAACCCCUGCGCCCCCGGCCGCGUGCCGGGCGGCUCCUCCAGCGGCUCCGCGGUCGCCGUCGCCGCGAACCUCGCCGACUUCGCCCUCGGCACCGACACCGGCGGCAGCGUCAGGGUGCCCGCCGCCUACUGCGGCGUCUUCGGCCUCCGGCCGUCGCAUGGGUCGGUGUCCGUCGAGGGCGUCGUCCCCAUGGCGCAGAUGUUUGACACCGUCGGUUGGUUUGCCAGAGACCUGGCUACGCUGUCUCGUGUCACCGACGUGAUGCUGCCGCCGGCACAACCAGCUGCCGAGCGACGGCCGAGCCGCGUGACGGUUCCGGCAGACUGUUUCCGGAUCCUGGGCUCCUCCCUCGACGACCGCACCUACGAGAUCGUCAACGCUUCUGCGGCCAAGACAUUCGGGAGUGAUAUAGUAGACAAUGGAGAUCUUGGCGAUUUCGUGUCCAGCAACGUUCCGAGCAUCGGCAAGUUCAUCCUCGUCGGCUCGUCUGCAUCGUCCGGUGUGCCGGCUCUGUCUGCCAUCUCGCACGUCAUGCGAGUGCUUCAAAGGUCUGAAUUCAAAGCUAACUACGCAGAGUGGAUAAAUACAGUGAAGCCCAACCUCGGCCCUGGCAUCCGGGAACGGGUGCAAGAGGCCGUCUCAUCGUCAGAUGAUCCAGCCAUGGAGGACCUUCACACCGUAAGAACUGAAUUCAGGUCCGCCCUCACCGCUCUCCUCGAGGACGACGGCAUCCUGGUGAUCCCUACUGUUCCCGGCGCGCCGCCCAGGCUGCGCAUGGAAGCGGCGAUGCUGGAGGAUUUCCGGGCGAAGGCCUUCUCCCUACUCUCCAUCGCCGGCCUGUCAGGGUUCUGCCAGAUCAGCAUUCCAUUGGGAAUACGCAAUGGCGUCCCGGUAUCAGUCUCGCUGCUCGCGCGGCACGGUGCCGACCAUUUCCUCGUCGGCGUGGCGCAGGAGCUCUACGAGGCCCUCAGGAACGAGGCCGCCGCAACCUGGGGCUCGUCGGCUUAGCCUGAUUCGCCUUCUUGCCAGCCGAAGUGAAUCCUCCAUCAAUCCAUAUAUACAAGAGGUUGUAUGAUUCUUCUGUCUGAACAUAUAUAAUAGGUAAGUGCAAAGUGAGUGAAUGAUGAAUGAUAUUGCUGCAAUCCAUAACGAUUUUCCACAA